AUGUCGCACGUCCAGUCCGCGCGCGACCGGUGCGCGCUCGCGCGCGUGAGCCGAGUCUUUCGAGACGCGGACACGAGGGCGGCGUCGCUUCCCGACAGGCUCGGCCCUGCGAUGCACGCCCCUUGCGGAGUUUUGCUCUACAAGCAAGCGCGCAUCUUUCCCUACCUCAUGCAGCACGACGGCAUCCUGGACUUGCCGAAGGAGCGCAUCGAAGGGCUUCUCAGGUUCGCCCUCUUCGGCCCGGAGUGCUUUCUGUACGGUCCGGGACACACGCUCUAUCAAGACUCCGUGUGCUGGUGGGCCGCGGUGACGGGGCAGCUCGAGCUCUUGAAGUGGGCGCGCGCGCACGAGUACUCAUGGGACUUGGAAAUCCCGAACGCGGACGUCGAUGAAGAGAACUGGCCGCGAGAUAUCCUCACCAUCCAAGGCAUAGCGGCGCAGCGCGGUCAGUUGGAGGUCCUGAAGUGGGCGCGCGAAAACGGCGCGCCGCGGUGCCCGUUUAUCUGCGAAUUCGCGUGCGAGGGCCACCAGUUCGAGGUGCUCGAGUGGGCGGUGAUGAACAGAGUGGAGGACUGGGAAGCGCACGUCCGAAAUUAUGAAGAAGCGCUAUUUUUUUUGUUCGGCGGCGCUUCCGAAAGCGAGGAAAGCGAGGAUAGUCGAAGCGGCGUGUAG